CACUUCUGAAGAUGCCAGUGGUUUACGGGCCCGUAAACCCUUAUCUGUCUGCCACCAGGAAUUGCCAUCAGCGAACGAAAGCUGAUGGCAUCAAAUCAGUCGGAGUCGCAUGUGCUAGCACGUACUAGCCGAAAAUCCUACACGUACUAGCUGAUAACACAAAGGACUCCGCCCACUUUCAAUCUUCAGAACAAAAGAGAGACUGGCUUUUUAGCCAAAGCUCAAUCUCAGCAUUUUACCACUGGCGCCUGGAUAGGUGAGAUAUCGUGAUAGUAGUCUAGUAUAGCAACGGACGCAAAUGGCAGACUACUCGCGUGUUAGGGUCGUCAGUCGGAGCCUCGUCAAGGCGGCCGGCACCGUCACGCCGCGCAUCCUCGCCGUUUCCAACCUCGACCUGCUCCCUCGGCCCAUACCGUCCUUGCUCCUCUGCGCCUACCGCAAGCCCUCCACCGGCUGCUUCGGCGAUGUCGUGGCCAUCUUCAAGGCCAGUCUACCGUCCCUGCUCGAGCACUUCUUCCCCCUCGCCGGCCGCCUCGUGUACAGCCCGCGCUCCGGGGUUCCGGAGGUGCACUGCGACAACCAGGGCGCGGAGCUUGUCGUCGGUGAGGCCGGCGUGGAACUGGCGAGCCUGGACUAUGGCGCGCUAGGCGCGUCGCUGGCGAGGAUCGGCGCGCUCGUCCAGUACGGCGCCGACGUCGUGCUCUCGGUGCAGCUCGUGUCCUUCGCCUGCGGCGGGUUCACCGUCGCGUGGUGCUCCAACCACGUGGUCAUGGACGGGUACGGGCUGUGCAUGCUCGCCAGCAUGUGGUCCGAGCUCGCGCGGUCCGGGAGGAUCGACACCACCCGCGGCGGCGGGGCCCCCAGCUUCGACCGCUCCGUGCUGCCGCGCCCCCGCGCCGCGCCGUCGUACAGCUCCUCGCUCAGCGAGGCGUUCACGCCGUUCGAAGGCAAGCAUCUGGUUAACUCGCUCACGGCCGAGAGCUACUGCGUCACGCGCCUGUACUACGUCGAGGAGCGUGAUAUCGCUAUGCUGCGCGCGCGGGCGAGCGGGGAGGGUGUCGGCGAGCGACGCGCGACCCGCCUCGAGGCGAUGUCGGCGUACCUGUGGAAAGCCUUGGCCGCCGUCGUGGCCGCGUCCGGCUCCGACGAGACCUGCCGCAUGGGCUGGUGGGUGGACGGGCGGCGGAGGCUGAGCGUGCCGGGAAACGAGGCCGCGAUGCGCAACUACGUCGGCAACGUCGGGACGUUCGCGCUCGCGGAAGCAGCCGUGGAGGAGAUCCGGCGGCGGCCGCUCCCGGAGGUGGCGUCGAUGGUGCGGGAGGCGAUCGCGGCGAGGGCCACCGAGGAGCAUUUCCAGGAGCUGGUGGACUGGGUGGAGGAGCACAAGGGCGGCAGGUUCGCGGAGACGGCGACCGUCGGGCUGGGCAGCCCGGCGUUGGCCGUGACGUCAUUCGCGUCGUUCCGCCUUCAGACGGACUUCAGCUUCGGGCACGCCGCCCUGGCGAUGCCGAUGAUGCUCGCCGGGACCGGGAGGCUGUGCGCCGGCUUCGUGAAGAUCGUCCCGCGCCCCGGAGGCGACGGCUCGUGGGUCGUCAGCAUGGUGGUGUGGCCGAGGCUCGCCGCCGCGCUCGACUCUGACGAGCCGCGCAUCCUGAGGCUGGUCACCGCCGAGUACCUCGGCCUCAAGGCAGAAAACCCGUGUAGCCGGCUAUGAUCACCCUUGGCUCGUCGACGUGCCCUUCCUCCUCUCCGACACGAAGGUGCCGCGCCUCUCUACCUGCUCCUAGUCCGCCGAGCAUCGCUGGUGUGGGACGCCGGGCUGGAGCAGUACGCCGGCGAGUCGGCGACUACGCGUGGUGUGCGCUUGUCCACUGGCACGGGCCGUACGGGAGGAACUUGUUCCGCGGCUUCCCGGCAGCCAACUCGUUGCCCACGUCCAUUUAUCCAUUCAUCGAUCCAUGCAAAUAAAAACCAUGCAUGGUCUGUUGGCGGCUGCUUGGGUCCUGGGCGGGUACAUGAGACAUGUUGAUGCUGCCGAUAAUGUUCAGCUCUCUACAUUUGCCGGCGGGCACGGCUUCAAUCGCUUCCGGUGGCCAUGGUGUGGGCUCUCGUCAGCGGGUGUGCUCCACCGUCGGUGCGGUCUGUGUGGUAGACACUCAGUCCUGUGUCAGUGCACUCAUUGCUGUGUGCGGUGGCCAUCGAAAAGUCUUUGUGAGGAUUACUUCCUCUGGAUUCGGUGGUUGCUACGUGUGGCUCAUGCUGGUGACAAUGCGUGAUUUAGCCAGAAAGCUUCUUUGUGAGUUUUGGUUGUUCUCAUCUUGUUGGUCUGCUUUAGGCGAUGGGUUGCAAUCUAUAGCAGCUGCUUGACGCAGAAUAGUGCAACAGCA